AUGAAAGAUCAAGAUUCGUUGGAAGAGUCUAAGAGGUUAAGAAGGUUACACAAAUUCUCCACUGCGGCUAGAGAUAAGAUCAUCAAUGACCCUCUAAAUGACAGGGCAUUGCUAAGUCGGUCUUCAUCGAACAGUGUAGAGGAAUUGCUGAGAUCUUCCAAGACCAGAAAUCAAUUGCUGAAUCGGUUGAAGAACGAAGAUGUCAACGAUUCACAACUAGAACAUGGACUGAGAAAGCUUCGAGAAGUCAUUGUCAGCGCAUAUGAGCAGAACAAAGAUGAUCCAUCCUUUCAACGGGACUUGCUUGAUGUAUACCAAAUGUCGUAUGAGUACUAUUUCAUCAAGAAAGAUUACGGAAAGCUGGGAAACAUUGUGCUGAAAUUUAUCUUCACACAUUUACAAGAGAUCAGCGCAGAAUACGCAGAAUACGCAGACAUAUAUAUCCUUCACGUCUCCCACAAUGAAUUUGACAUGGGGAAAUGUCUGACACUAAUUCGCAGUCGAAAUAAGAUAGAUGACAACACACGCAAAUUGCUUGAUUUGUCGCUAAUUUUUAACAAUCAUACCAGCUGUCCAAGUAGAUGGUUUGAACUACUCGCAAAGAUGCCAGAGUCAUCUCUCGCAUAUCAAUUCCUCAGAGAUUCACCAGCUUAUAAGGAAAUGCAAAAAAGAUGCUUCACGAUAGUCAGUAAAUGUUACAAUCAAAUUUCUUCUGAGUUCCUUCUCCGGCAGUGGUUCCACUGCUUACUAUCACAGUCAGAACUCUCCCAACAUUAUCAGACUACCACCACUCCAAGAGGUGACCAGAUUAUAGUAUUUAAGCGGUCUAAACGAUAG